AUUAGUGCCUGCGUGCCAAUACGUCACUGUCUGCUGAGGGAUGGAAACGGCGCUGCAGUCACUGCCAUCUAUCAAAGUUAAAACAUCUGAUAUACGUGAUUUUUAGUGGUUGUUUCCUUAUCUGGCAACGCCCCCGGUCGGGCUUGCCAGUGGGUGGUUCCUGUUAUCCUCCGGCAGUCAGUGAUGAGGAGGAACUAGCUGCAGAUGUUGCUUAGCUUAAAGUUGUACGGUCGUGAAACGGGGCACAUGUGUUCCCGUUUGUCCCCGCUGGAAGGAAAGAAGACGACACAACUAAGGUUGUCGCUGUGGAGAUUUUGUCCUUGGAUUCAACCAUGGUUAUUUGAGACUGCCUAGCCUUAGCCUUCCAGUGACACUCCUACCUCCCUUUCUCUUGUCUCGGUCCACACCCACUAUUCAUUUUACUUUUCUUUUCUUUCACCUCGUCUUAAGUGCCACCAGGAAUCUCUCAAGCAGUUCCCAUCACUCCCGUGUUACCUUGUCUGCGUUCAGGCUGAAGACUGUAUAUUCUUUAGAAUGGUUGCUGAGGUAGACUCUGCGUCUCAGGGCAGCGGUGUGCGGCUGAAGCAGGAGAUUUCGCUCCUCCACGGGGUCUGUCUCAUUGUGGGAAAUAUGAUAGGCUCUGGCAUCUUUGUGUCACCUAAGGGUGUUCUCAUGUACACAGGCUCAUUUGGCCUGUCGCUGGUGGUGUGGGCCAUUGGUGGCAUUUUUUCUGUGUUCGGAGCUUUAUGCUACGCUGAGCUGGGUACAACCAUCCGAAAGUCUGGAGCUUCCUAUGCCUAUAUUCUGGAGGCCUUUGGAGGUUUUUUGGCUUUUAUUCGACUAUGGACAUCACUGAUGAUAGUUGAGCCAGCUUGUCAGGCAGUGAUAGCUCUGACAUUCUCCAACUACCUGGUCCAGCCCUUCUACCCCACCUGUCCAGCCCCCUAUGACGCCGUCCGCCUCAUCGCUGCCGUCAUCAUAUGUCUGCUGACAUUUGUGAACUGUAUGAAGGUGAAAUGGGGUGCUAUUCUCCAGGUCAUCUCCACUGUAGCCAAGGUCCUAGCUCUUAUUGUCAUCAUCAUCACCGGCAUGGUUAAGCUCGCACAAGGCUUUGACCAGAACUUUGAGAACUCAUUCAGGGGCUCUAAGCUGAACCCUGGUGACAUGGCCCUGGCCCUCUACUCAGCACUCUAUUCCUACUCUGGCUGGGACACACUCAACUUUAUCACAGAGGAGAUCAAAAACCCAGAGAGGAAUCUUCCGCUGUCCAUCGCUAUUUCCAUGCCCAUUGUCACAGUGAUCUACAUCCUGACCAAUAUCGCUUACUAUGUCGUCAUGGAUGCUGACACUGUGCUCAGCAGUGAAGCUGUUGCUGUGACGUUUGCAGAUGAAGUGCUGGGCUGGGCUCGGUGGCUGAUCCCUCUGUCAGUGGCCAUUUCCUGCUACGGAGGCCUCAACUCCUCCAUCAUCGCGGCCUCCAGGUUGUUUUUUGUUGGAUCCAGAGAGCGUCACCUACCAAAUGUCCUGUGCAUGAUUCAUGUUCAGCGUUUCACCCCAAUUCCUGCCCUGCUCUUCAAUGGUGCCAUGUCUCUAUUGUAUCUGUCUGUGCCGGACGUUUUCCAGUUAAUCAACUACUUCAGUUUUAACUACUGGCUGUUUAUUGGCCUGUCAAUAGCCAGCCAGAUCUACCUUCGCUUCAAAGCUCCAGAUCUGCACAGACCUAUUAAGUUGUCUUUGUUCUUCCCCAUCGUCUACUGCGUGUGCAGCAUAUUCCUGGUUGUGGUUCCCCUCUACAGUGACACUGUCAACUCUCUGGUGGGAAUUGCUGUGGCGCUGUCUGGCGCACCAGUCUACUACAUUUGUGUCCACCUGCCCCCAAGCUCCAGACCAGCCUUCCUCGGACACAUUCUUGAUCAGUUCUCUCUGUACACACAAAAACUGUGCAUGUGUUGCGUGGCGUCACCUGAUGUUGACCUGGACAAUAUAGACCCAGACAAGAAGGAGUGAUGGAGUAACAAAGGACCCUGUAUGGAGGUAGGAAGAGGAAGGAAGCCGUGAGCUGCAGACAAUCAGGAUUUAGAUGAAUCUUGGAUACAAAGAAGAAGGAUUUAAAUUUUGUACACAGUAAAGCUCAGACAAAUAGCACUAUACAGAUUAACACAGUGGAACUGGUGCGCUUUCACGUGCUGUUGCACAGCUCAGUGUUGGAUGUGUAAAUCCCUCCAUACAUACUCAUACCCUGCACCUCACACGCACACACACACACACACUAACUGAAAACUUAGAGUGACACUACAGCAAAUGCAAACGAACAACCUGAUCCACAGGGAGUAGACUCAGCAAGGAUCCCUGCAGUGAUUCAUUGACAAACAGGAAGAUUAAUACAGAAAAUACACACACCCCCACACACGCACACAAAAGUUCAUUGAAUGCCUUACAUGUGAUCACGACUCUUAUGUCUCUUAAGAGUCAUGAAGUUAUGCUAUUUUUGCUAUGAGCAAAAAGCAAAAUAAGCAUAACUUCCAAUUUUGAUCACUCAUGACCCUUGUGAUUUAUCUUACGACCCUCUGAGGUUUGGUCCUGACCAGUGGUUUACAUACUGAAAGGUACCUGUAUUGUUAUGGCAGCCAGCCAGAGUCCAAAAAACACUGUUCUGGGGUUUGUUAAUACACUUGUGGCAAAUUUGCACAUGUUCCAUUUUGAGUUCUACCACUUCCGUUAUAGAAAAGCUUUAUUUUAAUACUUCAGUGGACCAGAUGGAUGGGUACAGUUUCUAAUUACCUAGUUUAGAAGGAGGAAGAGAUGAUUUACUAAAGUGCUGUUAUUUCGGUUUAAAACAAGCUUGUUUUGUUGUGUCAGUUGAGUUUUAAUGGUUUUAUUGUAUAAGUGGUAAUCCUACUAUGAAUAUGAUCAUAUAUCUGUCACUGUGAUGCAUCGGAAAUGCUUCCUUCUUUGAGCGGAAUGCAUCUUCAGGGCUAUAUUUGAUUUCUGGUACCUCCUGGUGGACGCUGAUGUUAACUUCCAGGGACAAGCUGUAAGAGUUUCCCAAGUGUCCGCCCUCAGCUUCGUAUGUGUUCGAACUCCUAUGAGAGGAAUGUCACUAACAUGUUUCAGAUAUGGGAAAGGUUUUUAAAAUUUAAGCUCAUGUCAUUAUUUGUUAGUUAUAAAAAUGUACCUGCCAGACUUAGAAUGGGGCGGAGGUCUUUGUAGACACAAACCUCAGGAUCAACCACAUUGAUGUGCACAAUGUUGUUGCUGAUAUUUUUCCUUUUUUUUACCUUUUACCUCUUGUCUUAAUAGUUUGUAUCACACAUAGAAUAUUUAAUGUAACGUUGCCUUGAAUAUAUUGCCAACUUGGACCAUUUGUUCACAGUCAACAACCAAAGGUCUUAACCAGGCUGACAGUUGGACCAUCUUUCUGCUCACAGAAAGCCCGUAGCAAAGUGUCUCUGCUCUCUAGUGAGAGAAUUAUAGCUGUAGUGUGUUGAACCACAUGUAGAAACAAGUCGGACUGUGGUGUUUGCUGUGUAUAUCGUUUGAACUACACGUGCCUUCUGUGAGUGUGUUGCCAAACGUCGUAGCUUUUGUGUAUUGUGUCUUGAGCACAAUCAUAUUGACAUGUUGCUGUAGGAUUUGCUAAAUGUUAUUCAGGGUGUCAAUUAAAAAAAAAAAAUAAAAAGAAGCAGCUUCAGUUGUUGUAGUUAACCAUGAGUUGGAAAUAUUCAGGCCCAGACUGAACCAUCUUGAAUAUCUUCAUAUACACAUUUCCACAACACCAGCCGACAGAAGCACAAAGAUCUUUGUAGUCGUUUAAAAGAGUCAGUUUUGUGUGUAUUGCUAAGAGGUCCACUAUAUAUCUACAGUAAACAUAAAAUAUUUUCAAUAUAUUUCCAUAUAUUGUCAAGGUAUAUGUAGCUUAUAUACUCAAAAAACCUGAAUGUUUCAGUGUACCACAUUUUCAUUUAGUUUCAAAUGUGUGUGUACCGGUUGCGUUUUGUUUGAUAAAGUAGUUUUUUGUGUAUUUGUAGAAUUGUCUUUUUUAUUUAUCAUUUUUUGGACAUGGACAAACCAAAUGUCAAGAUAUGCUUUUUAAUGGGGUAUCAUUUCUUUCCCCACACUGAGGUGGGAAAGUGUUGUUUUAUUUGAAUAAAGGCAAGUACACAA